AUGUAAAAUGAUUAGAAUAAUAAAUGCAUCACAAAUAUUGAGAAGAACAACUCGAAGGAUUGAAUAUCAUGCACAAAGAUGAGCAUACAAAUGAAGCUCGUCAGGAUAUUCCCCUGUCAAACAAGCUGUACAGUGACCAAUGUAACUGCUUUCCCGAUUAUCCAUACCGUAUCUGACAGCUUUCACGAGUCCUUCUACUGAAAGAAAUGAACUGUGACAAUCGCAUUAGAGUUUACCUAGACAAAUCACUUGUGCGACAUCAAUUUGGGAAGGCCAGUCACCUGCGGCAAUGCAUCCAAAAACUCCACAUUCGUGUAUUUACUGUCUAACCCGUAUAAUAGAAGAUAAUUUAUAAAUUUAAACCAAUCGCUAAGGAGUUGUACUUUAAAAGUGGGGAUCGUUAAAGACAUUAUCACACGAGAAGUUGAUAAGCUAGUAUUCGCAGAGUGAACUGAAAUCAAGAAACAUGACCGAAUACAAACGCGGUGCGCUCAUCAUUGAAGGAAAGACCAAAAAGGUCUACAAUCUCCAAAAUGAUCCUAGCUUAUGCCUCUUGGAAAGUAAGGAUCGCAUUACUAGUGGAGAUGGUGUCAAGUCCCACGAUUUGAAAGGGAAGGCUGCGAUUAGUACAGCUACCACAGCAAAAGUCUUUCAGUUAUUAAACGAGGCUGGGCUAAAAACUGCAUUUGUCAAAGUAGUAGAUGAUACCACUUUUCUUGCAAGAAAAUGUGAAAUGGUCCCAAUAGAAUGGGUUACCAGACGAUUAGCCACUGGUAGCUUCUUGAAAAGACAUCAAGGAGUACCCGAAGGAUAUAGGUUUCACCCACCACUACAGGAAACGUUUUUUAAAGACGAUGCCAAUCAUGAUCCUCAGUGGUCAGAACAGCAACUUAUUUCGGCCAAGUUCAAGUUAAAUGGCCUUGUAAUAGGGAAAGAUGAGUACGAUAUUAUGCAACGCACUACUCUUGUGGUAUUUGAAGUGCUGGAAAGAGCAUGGGCAACUAGAAAUUGUGCUCUUAUAGAUAUGAAAAUAGAAUUUGGUAUAGAUGUAAAUGGGGAAAUUAUGGUAGCAGAUAUAAUUGACAGUGACUCUUGGAGGCUUUGGCCAUCGGGUGACAAGAGAUUGAUGAAGGAUAAACAAGUGUACAGAAAUUUAACUACCGUAACCGAGAAAGAUUUAGAUACCGUAAAACGUAAUUUCGAGUGGGUGGCAAAUCAACUCGACUACCUCGUUCCACCAGUUAGCAGUCUUGUUGUUAUUUUGAUGGGAUCACCAUCGGAUGAGGAACAUUGUAAAAAAAUAGCAAACCAUGCAAAGGCUCUGCGUUUGAACGUCCAACUUCGUGUAUCUAGCGCUCACAAAGGGACUGAAGAAACGUUGCGCAUCCUUGCAGAAUAUGAAGGCGAUUACGAGAAGGUGGUGCUUAUAGCCGUGGCAGGGAGGAGCAACGGCUUAGGUCCAGUACUUUCUGGAAACACGUGCCUGCCUGUUAUUAAUUGUCCGCCUUUUAAACCAGAGAACAUUUCACAAGAUCUGUGGUCCUCCAUCAACGUUCCCUCAGGAAUUGGAUGCACCACGGUCGCAUAUCCCGAAAGCGCAGCUCUAGCAGCCGCUCAGGUUCACGCACUGCACGAUCAUAUGGUUUGGGCUCGUCUACGAGUGAAGCAAUUGAUGAAUUUCAUCGCUUUAAAGCAAGCCGACGCCAAAUUGAAGAAUCUCGUUUUAUAGUUUAAAAAACAAAUGUGUACAAUUAUCAUCGUUUCACCAAUUUAUCCAACGUACCAUAUAAAUACCUUGUAGUUUAGUUUAAUGUCAUACUGUUGUACGUGCUCAGUUAAUCAUUUCGUGGAUAAACUGAAUUGUCCCUAAAUGUUCAUGUUGGCCCUUAUUGUGUAUAUCGUUUUACUCUUUCUCCUAAUAUUUCUUUAUUGGUUACAAGUAUAUAACGUUCAAUCAUUCCCGUUCAAGCAAAUUUACGAAUGAAAUAAAUAUAUACAAUAUU